UAUGAAAAGCUUAUAAACUAUUUACUUCGUAGCCACGCAUAACGUUAACACAAUGGAUUUGAAGACAGUGUGCAGACUAUUUAAAAGUGUAAAUACAAAAUAUACAGGUGUAAUAUACACGGGACAUAUUAUAUUAUAUGUUUCCCGUUCCAUAAACCCAAUUGCAGUACGCAAUGACGCUUCAUACUGCAAUAUUCCUACAUGGCCGACAGCUAAACAAACACGGAAAAUCAAAUUGUAUGAAAAAAAAACCAAUAAAAACCAAAGAAAAAAUCACUUUAUAAUAUAAGAUUUCAAAUGCGAUGUAGUGUUAUAAACAAUAAUUACUUGACAUGAUAUCGUUUGGGAUAAUGACGGCAUUACUCGUGGCGUUGGCUUGCGUAGUGCAUUACGACCUGUUGGGCUUGUUUCUGGCCCAUUCGCACGGGCGGCGCAUCGUGUACACAGACAACGAACGACACCAAUACCGACCCAGGUCCGAGUUCGAUCACAUAUGGAUACCGAGACCUGGCACGGACCCGAAUACGUUAUAUUCGCUACCGCAGCCGGUAACCGUGCAAGACCACGGUGGUGACGUCGAGGACUACUGGACGGACUCGGACGACUACGUUGUCAGCGGUGUAAAUGAUAAUCGCGGUGGUAGGCUUUCCGAGGGUGAGGUCCACCUUCGAUGGGAGCCCGCACCGGAUACCGUUGUUGACUACCCUGUUCCUACCACGACCACGACCGAGGAACCGGAUGAACGUGACGACGAUGGCGAUGAUUACGUUGCUCCGGGACAAGAGUGGGACGACGACGUUUUUUGACGUGUUUCCACGCAGGUGCGAGAAAUUUUCGCGACGUUCCUAUAUCGCUAUAUUUUAUAAAUAUCGAUUUAGUGACUAUUUAUAUUACAUAAAAGUGAGGUUGGUAGUUGUAUAAUAUAAUAUAAUAUUUGUUUUUGUAAAGCCUGCACAACUUCUUCGUGUUUCGUGCCUUGUCGUGUUUUUACCAUCGUGUCGUGUCAUACUGUCAUGUGAACAUUUAAAUUUAUAUGAAUAAAAAUAGACAAUUAAUAUAUAAGCAAUUAAAAUGUAUUGAUUGUUAAAAUUGCAUUGUGUAUACCGUAUAGUAGAACUGUAAAAGUAUCUAAUAAUAUUAUUAAGGUUCCUACAGGGGCGUAAUUAAGGGGGGGUGGGGGGAUAGAUCCCCCUGGUCUUGAUAAAUUAUAUAUUAUAUUAUAUACUCACCAAUGUACAUGAAAAUUUAAUAUUUUGUGUGUAAAAAUUGUAUAUCCCCCCCAGGACACAUUCCUAAUUACGCCACUGCGUAGUGGCGAAAAGUAUCAAGUCCUUACGGAUAAUAUUUGUUUACAACAAAUAAUAACUAAAAUCGUUACCUUGUUUAAACAUAGGUACUGCAAUUUUGUAAAAAAUGUUGGCUAUAUAAUGCAAUUUUUAUUGAGAAUUAAUAGUCAUAACUGAAUAACUCAUUAGAACAUACCCGAGUUAUUCAUUUAAUUCCCGAAAAGAAUAUUUACCAUAAUAUUUAUUAUACGGUAUAGCCGGUAAGUUGAAUUAACAUUAUUUUCAUACUAUCAAAUCUUGAGAGGUUUCAAGUAGGUACCCAGUACCCACAAAUAAUAUUUUUAAAUAACUACAAAAUAACUAAAAUUGUUAUUCUUGGUAUAAUAUCUUAUAUAAAAAAUUAGCGUACAAUGGGUUUAAGUGCAAUGCACUCCAAAACUACUCAACCGAUUUUGAUAAGAUUAUGCUCAAUGUGUAUAUGAUCUGGUUCUACUUAAAAUAAUAUAGGAUAGUUGUUCGAUAAGUUGCCCUUAAUUUUUUUUAUUUAACAUUUAAGAAAGGAUUUUGAGAUUUACGAUUGAAAUUUUUGUUUAUAAAUGGUUAGGUUGCUAUUGAGAGUGGGUAUAGCUGUAGAGGGUUCACCCCCCUCCCCCCCCCCGGAAAUUCAACGAAUAUUAUACUAAUACAUACAACUAUAAUAAUUUAUUGGGAACAAACCUAGUUUAGUGUCCACGCUAAUUUCUAAUUUUUUUUUUCGGAUACCUAUGUAUUACAACGAGUUGCAAAAAUGAAUUGCCGAAAAUCAUUAGUUUUUAAGUUAUAGUAUUAAAAAGUUCACGAUUUUCGGUGUUCUACGUAUUCGUACAACUUAAUAUUGAAAACCCCCCUAAGUAGGCACUGAUUAUUAGUAAUAAUAGUAUGGCUCGGAAGUUGAUAACCUUAAAAACAUCAAAAAAUGACCUAAAAAAAAAAUGCAAAUAUGACUUAAA